AUGAAGUGUGGCGAUGGCCAGGGCGGGCAUUUAAAUAUAGCUGACCUUUUUCUCGCGGCCAAAAUAGCGAACCUGUCGACCGGAGUAUCGACCAGUCCCGCCUCGGGACUGGGAAUCGUGGGCAUCCUGCCCUGCUCGCUCCAUUGGCAGCCGCCGGGCAAGGCGCCCAAGUUGCUGAGUUACUCCUCCGGGGCCCGUGCCACCAGUCAGCCCUAUGCGAUGUCCGCCUCCGGGAACAGUUGCUGCAGCACCAGGACACCAGGUUGCUGCCAGGACUGCAGUGGCUACCAGCAGGAGUACGAGCACUUGCCUGUUCCGCGACUGCAGCACCAACAGCCGCCACCGCCGCUCUACCAAAAUCAACAGCAGAAGCAGGAGCAUCAACAAGGCAGCUGCAUUACCACCUUGCAGCAGACAACCACUGCUACAUCCAACUGUUCAUACGGCAAUUGUCUGAUGCCAACAACUGCAACUACGAGCACUUAUGUGAGCAAUAUUGGAACAGAGCAGCCGCUGUUGACUAUGCAACAUUGUCAUUCUCAUUGCAACAUGCAACAUUGCAACAGCACCUGCGGCAGCAACAAGGCACCUGCUAUUUACAAUAACAUACCUGCCCAGUCGAUGAUCUUUGUACCCGUGAUGUUGCCCAUGCAACAGCAACAUCAUCAACAGCAGCAGCAUUAUUUGCAUACGCAACCUCCUCUGCCACAGCCGGAGGAUUGCAAACCAUUGUUGCAGGCCAAGAGCGUACCACCGCCGCCACAGCCACCGCCUAUGCUCACCCACUUCCAGGCGAUGAUGCAACCACCACCUCUACCACCUUCACCGAUGAUGCCUCCACAACGUUUUCCCAGCAGGACUCCUACCACGCCCCCCCUGCCGGCUACCUACCGCGUUCAGAGCCUCAAAUCCGCGGCUGCUGCGGCGGUCAGUGCUUACCAGCGGAAUGGCAAAUUGCCCAGGAACCUGCCCGCCCUGCGUGCCAUGGAAAUGGCGUUGCGUACCAACUCCUUUGCCACGCCCCCUCCACCGCUCCCUGUCCCACUACCAUCGCCUCACGCAGCAAGGACCGAAGGAGGCGGACAGGACAUGGAGGACUCUGACGAGGAAAUGGAGUACAUGCCGCCGCUGCACAGUGAGUACAGUUGCAAUGCCGCAAACUUAAUAUAG